AUGACGGAACCUGCAACGAAAGUUUCUGAUUUAACAAUACUGAAUAGAAAACGAGGAGCCAUCAAAGGCCAAAUUACUAGGAUUGAAAAUUGUGUCAAUGUUGAAACUCCGCCCGAUUCGAAAGUGUUAGAAUUGAAAUUGUCUUCAUUGAACAACUUGAAGGAAAAGAUAAAUUCCUUACGAAAUGAAAGUUUUUGUAGUCUUCCAAAUGACAAAGACGUGGAAGAUUUUGAAGGAACCUUAACAGAGGUCGAGGAUUAUCUAGAAGAAACUGAAGUAAGUAUCUUCAAUUUGUUAAAGAUUCAAAAUACUUCAAGUAGUAAGGCUGAAAAAGCUAAUAGCGAAUCAAUCGCGAAUGCUAAAAUCAAGCUACCAAGUAUUUCCUUACCGCAUUUUUCGGGGAAAUAUACCGAAUGGUUAACAUUUAAAUCGCAAUUUAUUACUUUAAUUGAUAGUAAUAAACAACUGUCGGAUUCCCAAAAACUGUUUUAUUUGCAGUCGGCGUUGACAGGAACGGCGAAACAACUGCAAAAUAUUGAUGAUUCAUAUUCUUCUCUGUUUGAAGCAUUAAAAAAUAGAUAUGAAAAUAAAAGAUUGAUUGUUCGAAGUCAUAUAUCUGAAAUAUUAAAUGCAAACAAAUUAAAGUGUGAAAAUCCUAAGGAUUUGCGUUAUUUAACGGAUAAUUUGCUUAAUAAUUUAAGAGGUUUAAAACAGUUAGAUUUGAAUAUGAAUGCUCUAUCAGAAGCAAUUUUAAUGAAUGUUAUGCUGCAACGGCUUGAUGAAGAAUCAAGAAAGCAUUUAAUGUAUGCUAAUCCUAACUUUUUCAAACCGCAGCGCGCUCAAAUUUUGUUGGGUGGCAAUGUAUUUUAUGAGUUAUUGCGAACGGGACAAAUUAAAGUGAAAGACAGUUCGGUAAUUUUGCAGAAUUCAGUAUUCGGCUGGAUUGCUACGGGAACACUUAACUAUAGGGAAAACAGAAAUUUUAAAUGUUACGUAGUAGAGGAUAAAACUGAAGCAGCUUUAAAGCAAUUUUGGACUCUUGAAUCUUUCGGCAUUAAAGACGAUUCAAAACGCUCAGAUGAAGACGCCGCUUUAGAAGUUUUUAAUAAAACGGUACGCUAUAACAACGAACGAUAUGAAGUUAGUUUUCCUUGGAAGAAAAAUUGGAAGGAAUUAAAUGACAAUUUUGAGGUAGCAGAAAGGCGGUUUCAAGGUUUAGUCAAGAAAAUGAAACGCGAUAAGACUUUGUAUAUUCAAUACAGUGAAAUUUUGAAAGAAUAUUUAGCGAACGGAAUAAUUGAAGAAGUCAAGGAACCUGAAAAACGCAUUGAUAGACCUGUUUUUUAUCUUCCUCACCAUGCAGUAUUCAAGCAACAAAGUGUUUAUACUAAAUGUAGGAUAGUUUUUGAUGCUAGUUCAAACGACGUUGGACAACUGUCACUAAAUGACUGUCUUUGGUCUGGUAUAAACUUGAACCCGCAUAUUUUUCCACUGUUGAUUUACUUUAGAAUCAACAAGAUUGCUAUGUUAUCUGAUAUAGAGCGUGCGUUUUUGCAAAUAUCUCUAAACGAGUUUGAUAGAGAUGUGGUUAGAUUCCUUUUUGUUAAACAUGAUCCUAACAAGAAUGACAAUGUAGAAGUAGUAGUUUAUCGUUUUUUACGUCUGACAUUCGGAAUAAAUGUGAGCCCUUUUUUGCUGUCUGCAACCAUUAAAGAACACAUCAAAAAGUACGAAGAAGCCUAUCCCGUUACUACUGAAGUACUCAAUACCUGUUUUUACGUUGAUGACCUUGUUACUGGUGCAGACAAUAUAAAGGAUGCUUUAAAAAUUUCUAUCGAAGCAAAUAACAUAAUGAAAAAAGCUAGUAUGAAUCUCCGCAAAUGGAUUUCGAAUGAUGAAGUGUUGAUGAAAAUGUGGGAAGAACGAGAAUUUAAUAUUUUACCGAGUAAUCUCUCAAAUAACUGUAACGAACCAAGUAAGGUUCUCGGACUGCCGUGGGACAUUAAGGAAGAUAUUUUCGCUAUAGAAGUAAAGGAUUUGCUUGAAUUUAUCAAGACCGGAAAGAAUACAAAACGAUUUGUGCUGCAAGUAGCAGGUAGAAUAUUCGAUCCUCUAGGAUUUGUGACACCAUACACCAUCAGAAUUAAGUGCCUGUUUCAAGAAUUAUGGAUUCGAAAAAUUUCCUGGGACGCUGAGCUGCCAGAUGACAUUUUAAAAAUCUGGAAUCGCUGGUGCUUUGAACUUCCUACAUUGUUAAAACUCCAAAUUCCCAGAAACGUCCUUGAUUGUGCAGAACUUUCAAGUUGUGACAUAGAAUUGCAUACCUUUUCGGACGCCAGUCCUAAAGCUUACGGUGCCGUCGUGUUUGUACUGAUAAGAUCUGAUGACAAAGUUAUUGUGAAAUUUCUUACAUCUAAAAGCCGUGUGGCUCCGUUAAAAAGGAUUACUCUUCCAAGAAUGGAGUUGCUAGGAGCUUUACUUGCUGCUAGAUUAGCAAAUGAAGUUGCAAAUGUGUUGAAGCGGAAAAUAUCCCCUCCUAUGUACUUUUGGACAGAUUCUCAAAUAGCACUAUACUGGAUUAGAGGUUCAGCUUUGAAGUGGAAAACCUUCGUCUGCAACCGUGUGAGGGAAAUUCAGGAACUUACAGACCCCGAUAAAUGGUUCUUUUGCGUAAGUCGCGACAACCCAUCUGAUGCUUUGACGAGAGGUAUCAGUAUCGAUCAGCUGUUAGAAAACACAGCUUGGUGGUAUGGCCCUACAUUUCUGAAAUCCGUGAACAUUUAUUCUACUGAUCAUCUUUCAGUGGUUCCCGAAGAGGGAGCAAUCGAUAAAGAACUAAAAUCGUACUUAAAAACUGAACCAAAUGAACAUUUAAUGAACUUGAUUGCGAGAAAUGAAAAUUCUGUUUUUGAUUGCAUAUUUAAUAAGUCAAAUAAUUAUAUGAAACUUAUUCGUAUUGUAAGUUUUCUUUAUAGGUUUAUUUAUAAUUGUAAAAAUCCAAAGUCCAAGAAAAUAGGUCCUUUGUCUAUUGAUGAAUCUGCUAAUGCAGAAAAUUGGUUAAUACGUUCUCUCCAGGAAGGUGAGUUUUCUGAUGAGUUUAAAAGGUUAACAAAUGGUAAACAAGUUCACAGCAGAAGUAAACUUUCCUCUUUAAAUGUGUUUUUGGAUAAAAAUAAAGUAAUGAGAGUAGGGGGGAGACUGUCCCACGCAGAUUUAUCUUAUACAACCAAACAUCCUAUGGUUUUACCUGCAAAACAUCCUUUAACAAGUAUAAUUUUAAGAAAUGUUCAUCUUAAAUAUCUUCACGUAGGUCCCCAAGCUCUUUUACAUCAAGUUAGACAAAAAUUUUGGCCGCUAAAUGGCAGGAAUAGCUGUAGGAAAAUUGUUCGUAACUGUGUGAUCUGUUUCAAAAACAGACCUGUUACUGUUAGUCAAAUCAUGGCUGAAUUGCCUAAAGACCGCGUAAAUCCUAGUUAUCCCUUUUUUGUCACUGGGAUAGAUUUUUGUGGUCCUUUCUUUAUCAAAUUUAAAAACCAAAGGAAGGGUGUAUUAAAUAAAGUGUAUGUUGUUGUUUAUGUUUGUCUAAGUACUAAAGCAAUACACCUGGACUUUGUAACUGAUAUGACUACACAGGCUUUUAUAGCAAGUUUGAAACGUUUUUUCGGCAGGCGAGGAAAAUGUUCAAAAAUCAUUACUGAUAAUGCUAAAACGUUCGUUGGUGCCAAUGUCGAAAUCAAGCGAUUGCAGAAAAUGGUUAGAAUUCCCGAUGAAAUUUUGUCAAAUUAUUUUCUAACAGAAGGUAUUCAGUGGAAUUUCAUUCCUCCUAGAUCGCCCAAUUUUGGUGGCAUAUGGGAGGCCGGGGUGAAAUCGUUCAAAUUCCAUUUAAAAAGAGUGAUUGGCAGUCAAAAUUUAACUUUAGAAGAAUUUAUUACAAUUUUGUCAGAAAUCGAAGGUGUUUUAAAUUCCCGGCCUCUCAUACCAAUGUCAUCAGAAAUGGACAAUUUUGAAAUAUUAACACCAGGUCACUUUAUUAUUGGCAGACCUAUCACUACCCUUAGUGAACCACAAUUGAUUGAUGUUAAGGAAAACACCCUUUCUAAGUGGCAAAGGAUUACCAAAUUUAGUCAACAAAUUUGGAAGUUAUGGAAAAGGGAAUACUUAACCCAUUUACAACAGAGAAAUAAAUAG